CUGAAACAGAUUUCGUAAGGAACGAUAUUUUUUUUUAACAUACAAUGUAUUUCAAGGCUGUGAUCCUCGUAGCGUUGGUGGUCGCCGUGACUGCUGACCACCACGCGUUCUCCUCGCAGCACGUGCACAAACACGACGGACACCACGAGGUCGUCUCGCACGGACACGGCCAUCAUCAUGAUUAUUAUACCCAUCCCAAAUACCACUUCGAGUAUAAGAUAGAAGACCACCACACUGGCGACCACAAGAGUCAGCACGAGGAGCGUGACGGCGACGUGGUGAAGGGCUACUACGAGCUGAAGGAGCCUGACGGUCACAUCAGGCACGUGCACUACCACGCCGACAAGCACUCAGGUUUCCACGCAGACGUGAAACACAGCACUCAUCACAUCCAUCACCAUCACCACUAGACUGUUGUGUUGAUAUGUUAUAAGGAAUUAAG